CUCCACCAGAGCGGAGCGCAGCAAAGGGUCCAGCCCAUGGUCCAGCCCUGCGGUCCAGCUCAAACAUGGCGGGCCGUGGAGGCGACGUGAUGUGUUCACGGUCCGGGUUCGGCUCUGCCACCGUCUCCCCAUCUUUAGCCGUGUCCGAGGAUCAGAAACCGGGAAAGAGAAGGAGAGCUUUCUGCCUGAGCAGGAAGAAGUCUCGCGGCGAGCAGCAGCAGCACGAGCCCGCCGCAAACAACAACAACAACGUGCCGUUCAUGAUCCACUGCCAGCUGGGGAAAGAGAUCAAACACAUCUGCCGCAACUGCCGGGCAGUGGAGCCGCUGGACGCUGAGGAAGUGGAGAGGUUGGCAGCGAUGCGCUCUGAUUCGCUGGUUCCAGGAACACACACGCCUCCCAUUCGGCGGCGGAGCAAAUUCGCCACCCUGGGACGUCUGUUCAAACCGUGGAAAUGGAGGAAGAAGAAGAGUGAAAAGUUCAAGCAGACCUCUGCAGCGUUGGAGAGGAAGAUGUCCACUCGCCAGAGCCGAGAGGAGCUCAUCAAGAAAGGAGUGCUGAAGGAGGUUCACGAGAAAGACGGCUCUUCCCCGGCUGUACGCGAGGAGGCGAAGAUGGAGAACGGGCGAUCUCUGCUGCUCGCCUCCGGAGUGUUGGAGUCUGAAGGUACUGAGCUGAUGGAGGGCGCCUCCGCAGCUGUAGGCUCUCUGGAGUUCCAGAUGCCAAGUGAGGGUGUGUGUCAACAGGACCACGGACCAAAAUCCACAAAGAAGUCCACUAUGUAUCCAUCUGACGGCGCUGACUCAACGCUCUCCAGACCCCCCGCGCUACACAAACAACCUCCUGCGCUGCCACCCAAACCCUUCAACAGGCUACCCAAUCACAUUAUAGACGGUGCGCCGGUGAAGUUGCCGUGUAUGUUGUCGAAGUUGUCUCCUCCUCUACCUCCAAAGAAACUCAUGAUCUCCGUACCUGCAGGGAGCAUGGAGCCCUCUUUGCUCGCCUUCCAGAAGUGCCCCCCUCCCAGCCACGCUCCAAUGGGCGGGCACUCCCUGCAGUACGGGGCGCUACCCCUCCACCCCCCCAGCCGAAUCAUAGAGGAGCUCAACAAGACCCUGGCCCUCACCAUGCAGAGGUUUGAAAGCUCCAUGAUGCACGGCGUUUCCACGGUGAUGAUCGAGUGUGACGAUGACAAAGAGAACCUCCCCAAUGAGGCGGACUACGAGGACCUGCCUGACGAAGAAGAAGAAGAAGAGGAGGAGGAGGAGGAGGAGGAGGAAGACGACGACGACAAUGAUGAGGAAGACGAAGAUGAGGAGGAAGAUGAUGAUGAUACAUUGUUUACAAGCGUACUGGCCAUGAAGGUUUUACGAAAGGACUCUCUGGCCAUCAAGCUGAGUAACCGUCCAUCGAAGAGGGAGCUGGAGGACAAAAACAUCCUGCCGAUGCAGUCGGACCAAGAGAGGUUCGAGUCCCGACAACAAACGGCCACGAAACUGACCAGGCGAUUAAGUCAACGACCGACAGCAGAGGAACUGGAACAGAGGAACAUACUCAAACCUCGAAACGAUCUGGAGGAGCAGGAGGAGAAGAGGGAGAUCAAGAGACAUUUGUCCAAAAAGCUCAGCCAGAGGCCCACAGUGGAGGAGCUGAGGGAGGCGAAGAUCCUCAUCCGCUUCAGUGACUACGUGGAGGUCGCCGAGGCUCAGGACUACGACAGGAGAGCAGACAAGCCAUGGACUCGGCUAACAGCUGCUGAUAAGGCUGCCAUCAGAAAGGAGCUGAAUGAGUUCAAAAGCACAGAGAUGGAGGUGCAUGAGUCGAGCCGUCAUCUGACCAGGUUUCAUCGGCCAUAAGAUGGGUUAGUCAGAUCUCGGCCAUGCUUACUACCCCCACAGCGAGCCUGGAGUCUGGAGCCUGCUCCCUGCUGCCCUCAUCCUUCUAACUGCUACACGUCCCAGCGUCGAAUCCAAACCGACGGGCUGGACAUGAGCACCACUGGUGUGCUGCGGCCGUCGCAGGAAACGUCAACAAACACUUUUACAAGUAAAAAAUAAAUUCUCAACUCUCAACUGGCGUCUUCCCUGAGUGGAGAUUUUUUACAGACUUCUUUCAAAAGAUUUUUUUUUUUUUUUUAAAGAUGAUGUGGCGGCGAGUUUACAUGGCAGCACUUUUUAGUUUUUUUAAAAAGGCUUUUGGAAGUCAGACACAGAACCAGUGCCGACUUGGAGGAUGGGAACAGAAGGAGGCGAGGACAGGGAUUGUGUUCCCUCCUUUCUCAACUGGACGUGAUUUUUCUUGGGGGCGUGCUUGUGUUGGCGCAGCGUUAUUUCACAGAUGACAUCUCUGUGAUGGUUUAUCUCAUUUUGCCAGAGAAGUUAAAUACUCAAAGAACUUGUGUUGUUGUAGGCAGCUGAAUCUUUAAACAAAAGUACCUUACAUCCUAAACAAAAUCCUAAAAUGCUCUCUGCAAGCCAGUAAUAGUAAAAAUGAACAUCUCCUAACACAUCAAUCAACUGAGCAAUAAUUUCCGAUUUUCACCUCAUCUGUUCAUGGGCUGCAUUCAGGAGCUCAAAACACUUCAGACUACAGAUCCCCAUUUUAAACCAAAGCAACUUGACUUGCUGUGGAAGUUGCGAUCUUGAACGCAUCCCAGAGUGACUGCUGUUGAACGUUCAGUAACCCACUGUGUCACUGUGCCUACAAUAUGGUUUACACAGAUUUAAAAGUUGCCAAAUUAACUUGAGUUUAAUGCAGAGUAUCUUCAGACAGUAAAAAUGUUGCCGAACCCUCUGCCAAACUACAAGAAAGUAGACUUUUAUUUUGUAUUUCAUUUUUAUUGUCUGAGAUGAAUCUUUGGUGGCACAGAUUAUGGAAACCCUGCCACCUCACGUUAUUAUUUACAGUGCAUAUUAGGUUCAUCAAUUGUCAGUUUUGACCAUAUUAAGGGGAGAACUGGUUGCUCUGUUGUGUGUGUGUUUGUUUUGACUGUGAGUGUGUAUGAACAAGCGUCAGUAAUAUUACUGUCUCUUGUAUGCUGUAAA